UUCAGCUUCAGUCGGUUUCGUUUUGUUUGUUUAUUUAUUUUUAGGUUAUGAAUAGGUAAUUGCGAUUUAAGAUGAAAAAUGACCGAGCUUGCCACAAUAGUUACAUUACAAUGCAAGCAGCAAGUAGUGCGAGCAGUCCGGUUCAACGUAGACGGCACUUAUUGCCUCACUUGCGGUGCAGAUAAGAAAAUAAAACUAUGGAAUCCGCAGCGACAACUUCUGCUGAAAACUUACGGAGGUCACGCGAAUGAGGUGUUGGACGCUGCUGGAUCUUGUGACAGUAGCCAGAUAGUGUCGUGUAGUGUAGAUAAAUCUGUAAUUCUUUGGGACGUCACCACAGGGCAACCGGUGAGGCGAUACCGAGGUCAUGCCAGCUCUGUAACCUGUGUUACUUAUAACGAAGAGUCCAGCAUGGCUAUAUCUGGGUCUGUUGAUAAUACCGUCGCUUUCUGGGACGUGAUCAGCAGACGGCAAGUGCCUGUGCAGGUUUUGAAAGACGCGAAGGACACUAUAACUUCAAUAAAAGUUACAGAUCAUGAAAUAUUGACUUGCUCAGUGGAUUGUCACGUCCGGUUGUACGAUAUACGCGUUGGCAAGAUGAUAUCUGAUUAUAUAGGACAUAUUGUAACGUACGGCAGCAUGACACACGAUGGGCAGUGCUACGUACUCAGUUGUGCAGACGGCAGUAUAAAACUGUUUGAUAAAGACUCUGGGGAGUUGCUAAACACAUUUACAGGUCAUGAGUGUAAGGAUUACAUGUUAGAGAAUGCUGUGAGUGAAAAAGACACACAUAUUAUAUCGGGGUCCGCUACAGGAGAGGUGUUUUUCUGGGAUCUAAUAAGCAGUAACUGUAUGAAUAAAUUAGUGCAUACUAGAAACAAAGCGGUGGUCUCAUUGAGCCAUCACCCCACAGAUAAUUAUUUGUUGACAGCUAGCGAAGACGAGAUCAAGUUAUGGGGAGUGAAAACUGAAGAAGAAUAA